UUAGCCUAUCUAAAGUAGAAAACAUGUCCUCCCACCUGAAGAGGAAGUCUAAGGAUGUGUAUGUCUCCUGGCUAUCAAAAUAAACCAUAAUAGCCAUGUGACUGCAGUGUGAAUGGGGGGAUGAAUAGGAUUAGCUUCACAACUCAUUAAUCUGACUGUCCCCUACACCCUUCCCAAUGAGCAGCUAAGGAUUCCCCCACAUGCACAGGACAAACUACGCUAUCACGCCUGUCGGCAGCCUGGAGCUCAGAGGGGCAACGUGCCCGUGAAAACCACACAAUUCAAGAUAAGAUGACAUCACCACCUACAAACAAAAAGCUCAACAAGCAGCUUCAACAUGUUCCAAAGCGGCACAUGAAGGCUUCAAUGGAAAACUUACCCACAGUCGAUUUGAGGGCGACGGCUGGGAGCGGAUUCUUUCAGGUUCGGCAUGCAGCACUGUGCAAAUCAAGGAAGGUAAUAGUCUUUCAACGCAGCUGUUGAGGCCUUAAAUUUGAGACCCAGACUCCUCAGAACAUCGAGCCACAGAAUACCUGCAGUUUCCUUUUGACACCUGGAAUCCAGGAGACUGCAGCAACACUGAGAGCAACUCGCAGCUCGUUAGGAGGAUUAUGUCAUUAUAACUGACAACUUGAGCUUCCUCAGAGUACGACGGCUACAAGGCAACGUCAGUCCUGCUUCACUUACACCCAGCAGGAGCCAUGGAUGACCCCUACCACAACAACGUGAACCAGCAGGUGACAGAGGGUGGAGAAUACACCUACACCCAGGAUGGAGGAGGCUACCCUUAUCAGACUGACUACCCUCCACAGGAAGAGGAUGCUGCUAGCGAUGCCACAGAGGGCGCAGACGAUGAUGAGCAGAUGUAUGAGGGGGAGUACCAGGGCAUCCCCCACCCUGACGAGAUCAAGGAGGCGCGGCGCGCAGCUCGGUUGGAGGCCAGGAGGAAAGCCCGUCAGGCUGGCCAGCAGGAAGAGGAGGAGGAAAGCCUGCCAGAGCAGUACGAGACCAUCAUGGAAGACUGCGGGCAUGGGCGCUUUCAGUGGAUGCUGUUCUUUGUCCUGGGCCUGGCCCUAAUGGCUGACGGUGUGGACGGCUUCGUGGUGGGCUUCGUCCUGCCCAGUGCUGAGAAGGACAUGUGUAUAUCCAACUCUGACAAAGGAUUGCUGGGUCUACUGGUGUAUGUAGCCAUGAUGGUGGGGGCGUUGGUGUGGGGGGGUCUGUGCGAUAAGAUGGGGAGGAGGAAGUGUCUGAUCUACGUCCUGACCAUCGACCUGGUUUUCUCCUUCCUGUCCUGCUUUGCUCAGGGCUACGGCUUCUUCCUCUUCUUCAGGUUCUGCUCCGGCUUUGGCAUUGGUGGCUCAAUCCCGAUAGUGUACACCUACUUCACCGAGUUCCUGCAGAUGGAUAAACGUGGUGAACAUCUGAGCUGGCUCUGCAUGUUCUGGAUGCUGGGAGGCCUGUAUGCCUCCUUCACCGCCUGGGGAAUCAUCCCUCACUAUGGUUGGGGCUUCGCCAUUGGUACUGAGUUCCAGAUCCACAGUUGGAGAUUAUUUAUUUUCGUGUGUCUCUUCCCGGCGCUGGCUGCACUUGUCGGUGUCAUCUUCAUGCCGGAGAGCCCUCGUUUCCUCCUGGAGAAUGCCCGACACGAUGAGGCGUGGAUGAUCCUGCGACGAGUUCACGACACCAACUGGAAGGCCAAGGGGGAGCCGGAGAGAGUCUUCACUGCAACCAACAUUAAGACUCCACAAACUCAGGAGGAUGAGUUCAUAGAGAUCCAGAGUGACACUGGAACUGCCUUCCAGCGCUGGACCGUCAGACACAUGACCAUGCUGCAACAGGUGAUGGCUAACAUAAUGUCACUAGCAGCGCCAGAGCUCAGACUGCAAGGCCUCUUCCUGGUUAUUGUCUGGUUCUGCUUGGCCUUCAGCUACCAUGGACUGGGAGUGUGGUUCCCCGAUAUGAUCAAAUACAUGCAGUUUGAGGAGUACGAGUCCAAGGUCCGAGUGUUCCACCGAGAGCGAGUCGAACAUUUUCACUUCAACUUCUCACUGGUCAACCAGAUCCACCGCGAGGGAGAGUACAUCCAUGACAAGUUCGCAAACAUUGAGAUCAAGUCUGUGAAGUUUGAGGAUUCUCUGUUUGAAAACUGCUACUUUGAGGAUGUCAAGUCAACCAACACCUUCUUCGAGAACUGCACCAUCAAAAACACUGUCUUCUAUAACACAGACCUCUGGCAGGAAAAGUUCAAAGACUGUCGAAUGGAGAACACCACCUUCCUCCACCCAAAGAAAGGCUGCCAUCUGAACUUCCAGGAGGAGAACGACAUCGUCAUCUACUUGGUCAGCUUCCUGGGCAGUUUGGCGGUGUUGCCGGGCAACAUCAUCUCAGCAUUGUUCAUGGACAAGAUAGGAAGGAUCAGAAUAAUAGGUGGCUCUAUGUUAGUGUCGUCUGUCUGUACUUUCCUGUUGCUGCUAAGUUUCAGUCAAGGAGCUGUAAUAUGUUGGCAGUGUCUCUUCUAUGGCGCCAGCGUGGCAGCCUGGAAUGGAUUAGAGGUCAUUUCUGUGGAACUCUACCCCUCCUCUAAAAGAGGGACAGCGUUCGGUAUCCUAAAUGGGAUUUGUAAGUUUGCGGCCAUCAUUGCCAGCUUCAUCUUUGCAGCCUUCAUCGGCAUCACUAAGAUCAUCCCCAUCUUCCUGGCCUUCGCCGCCCUCGUUUGCGGAGGUCUGGUAGCUCUCAAGCUGCCCGAAACCCGGGAGAAAAUCCUCUCUUGAAAAGCCAAACUCCUGCAGCCUCCAGGCCUCAACCACAGUUUAGCUAUGGGGGAAAGCUUUUUGGGAUAUCAGCUUAAACUGAAAUGGAAAGACAAGGAAGGAAAGGUCACACUGUGCUAGCUGUGUGGAUGAGCCUGCCAUGGUUAUAUGAUUAAAAAUGUUGAAAACCUG